GGUUCAGGCCUCGGUCCAGCAAGAUGAUCGUCGAGCUGCAGCGCUCUGUUCCUCUUCUCGGCGACUGCCAGCUCUCCCUUUGGCCGACUCGUACCAACGUUUCGUGGAAAGCCUUUCCUCGUCAAACAAAAGACUGUCAAGUGUUCUUCCCUGGCUCGACCGCUGCCGAGACGGAUCGCCGCGGUCUGGUUGUCGAACUAACGCGCCUCAACGUGCCGUGCCCCGCAGGAGACUUUCUUCAGUUCUCUUCUUCUUCAGUUCCUCAAAGCGCGAACUCUUCUGCUGCUCAGAAACCCACAGUUCCUUCCAGGGCCGCUAAAAGUCGUCACCAACAAUUGUGCGGGAAACUCGAAGAACUUCCCCCUUCCGGUCGUCGGUUCUACUUCCCAGCAUCAUCGUUAUCAUCAGCAACUUCUUCGGUAACGCCUUCUCUCCACCUUCACGGAAACCCCAUUUUUGCUUUCACAUAUCGCCUAGUUGAUUACUGUUACAACGUAACUCUAACAUCGAAAAAUGACACUUUGCUUCUACGGCCUACGGCAGGUCUGCACUGCACUUUCAGAAUUCAUCUACCGUAUGGAAAUCGCAUAUCUCUUCACCUGCAGACUGGAGAGGUACGUCUUCUGAGCGCAGAAGAACACGGACGUCAUACGUCUGAGCACCACCCGGUAACACCGCAAGGCUCGCAUCAGGACUUGGCGCUCACACAGCUUGCUUACAGCGAUCCUGACCCGCCAUGCUCCGGUAUGCUGACCCGUCUGUGGGACGGCGCAUCCACGUGGGCGCAUUGUACGAGGAAGGGGGAUCCCAGACGUGAUAUCAGAGUGUUGUCACGUGAGAACAGUGUUACGUUGAGGGUUGUGAUACAUCAGGAGUCUGAACAGAGCGGUCAAGAUACAGUGAACAUCCCAGCGCUGAAGCUGUGGUACCAUGCACAGGCGAUUGCUGAAGUGGUGGAGCAGUGUGGCUUCGGGUGGGUGUCUGUGAGGCAGUUCUGCGUUACCGCUGUGGAGGAUCUGAGGCUGCCCUGGCAAGAAGCUGAGAUGGAAUGCAACAGACGGGGUGGACAUCUGGCUAGCAUACGGAGUGAGCUGGCCCAGGAUCUGGUGGACAAUAUGCUCCUUAACAGCCCUGGUUACCGGGACCACAAUUCCUAUUGGGUCGGAGCUUCGGAUAAAACCUAUGAAGGCGAUUUCCGGUGGUCGGACGGGCUUGCUUUUUCCUACACCAACUGGUUCCCAGGCUGGACGCAACACAGCCAGUACAACCGCCAGCCGAAUGAUGACGGGUACAGUGACCAGGACUGCGUGGAGCUCCGCCGAGUGUAUCAUUUGCCGUCAGGGAACCAGAGACUCGCCCACUCGUUCAUGUGGAACGACCGUGAUUGCGCAACGCCAAACCUCUUCCUGUGUGAACGUCUCCGCACCGGGGUAACAAUUAAGGAGGUGUGGCCACCAGAAUGCAACCGGUCUGUGACGUUAAGCAGAGAGCAGCCCCGAGUCACUGUAGUGAGUCCUGGGUUCCCUCACCAGUACCCAGACAACGCAAAGUGUGACACUGAGGUAACUGCGCACGCUGGGUACCGACUUCUUGUUGACUUCGAGGAGCUUGUCUUGGAGAAGGAGCCAUAUUGCAGCUAUGACUACUUGGAGAUCUUCGAGAGUGUUCCUGGCAGCAAUUCUAGUGGCGAGGCCACCCAGAAACUUUGCGGAGAUUGGAGCUCAAAACUCAAGCUCCUCCGGUAUGUGAGCCGUGGGCCCCAAAUUCGAUUGCGCUUUGUGUCUGACUAUUCCCAUCAUUAUGGAGGCUUCAAAGCUAAAGUUUCUAUGGAGAAUGGUAUGGAAUGUGCUGAUGACCGUCUUGAAAUGUUCAACGGUUCGUGUUACUUGUUUGUCAGCUACCCUGAAGUCACAUGGCAGACUGCUCAACAAAUCUGUCAAGGAAUGAAGGCUGAGCUGGCAAGUAUCCACAGCAAAGAAGAAGAGGACUUCGUAAUUUCAAAUAUCCGGGACUCUACAGAGUACAGCACUAGUGCUAUCUAUUGGCUGGGUGGUCAACUUGUUGCGAAGUCCAUUCAUGACUGGGAAUGGGUUGAUGGAUCACAUUUUACUUUCUCUGCAUGGCUGCCAGGACAGACACCAGCAGAUUCAGAUAUAAGUGAUUCUUCUUCUUACUCAGCAAUGUGUCUAGGAAUCCAGUGGAUGCCAUCUCCAACCCCUGCAUUUCCUAGUGGCCUAUAUUGGCAGUCUCAAAACUGCAAUGCCAUUGGUGGAUAUGUAUGCAAGAGAGGAAAUCAAGUAUCAGGAAGCGGUUUGCAGCUGAAUCAGACUCUCAAUGGUACAGAAGGCUUCCUUUCAUCACCCAACUUCCCUGGAAACUACUACCAUAAUCUUGACUACUGGGUGCAGCUGACUGGUCCAGAAAGGACCCGACUAGUUGUCCAGUUCCAGCACCUGGACCUAGAGCCACAGAACGAGUGCCUUUAUGACUUUGUAGAGCUCACAAGUAUCGGAGGGGAUGGACAGUUGUUGAAUGAUGCAGUUAGAUGGUGUGGGAACCAUCAUUCAGAAACAGACAGGUUCAACUUUGUGUCUGUAAGGAACAAGGCAGUUCUGAGGUUCCAUUCGGAUUACUCUGUGGCCGGCACUGGUUUCUCAGCCACAUGGCAAGCCGUGGACAUAUCGGGCUGUCCAUCGCAAACUCUCACUGCUCGGGAAGGCACACUUAUGAGCCCAAAUUACCCACAUUUCCUUAUGGCUCAUCUUGACUGUGCAACUACCAUCCUUGCACCAGCUGGACGACGGGUAUGGCUUCAGUUCCUCGAGUUCGAUUUUGGGUUGCAGCAUGACAGUGGCAGAGACCUCCAGCUGGGAGAACAGGUCUUCAGUGAGGCAGUGUUAGAGAUAGACGUGGGGGGUGGAAAUGGGUCUUUCCAGCCUUUCCAGGUGCCAGGCCACCUCACAGAUGGUGCAUACCUCUCGGUGGGAGAGCGUUUGCAUGUCAGACUGCGAACUGCUGGUAAACCAAGGGGAAUUGGCUUCAAGGCUGCAUAUAGAACAGUGGGUCAGGUGCACGAGGAGCGGCUGGUGGACCUCAGCAAUGUGACAGUUGGCACCCUGCUUCACCUAAAUUACCCAAAACCUCCUCCUCCGCAUGUGGAGUUUCUGCAGCACCUCGUUGCCCCUGUGGGAUAUGUGAUCCUGUUGGAACUCUAUCACAUGACACUCACAGAGAACAGGAACUGUCCAGGUAGUGCUGGGAUCAUCGAAGUAACAGACAAUUAUGCAGAUACCAAUGGUACGUGGUGGUUCCUCUGUGAAGCAGCUACAGAACCUGGAGGGAAACUUGGAUCCUCAACUUUGGCAAUAACAUCAUAUUUCAACACCCUCUACAUCAAACAGAAAAGUGGCAGCUCAGGAGUUCAGCUCAAUGCUACAGUUAAAGUUUACCCAGAUAGCAGCUAUGCAUUAAAACUUGUCCGAGGUUCAGAGGAAAGCAGUGUUGAGUCAUGCCAUCCAAACCCAUGUCUGAAUGGAGGAAAAUGUGUGAGCAGAGGUUCUCAUAGGACCUGUCAGUGUACGAGUCACUUCACAGGUAUGUUCUGUGCAUUAACUCUGUGUGAAGUGCAGCCAUGUGCCUUUGGGCAAUGCAAGCUUACGCCUACAAGUUAUGUUUGUACGUGCUUACCAAGUUACACUGGCAGCAACUGUGAACAGAAACUGAGACCAUGUGCAGAGAAUCCAUGCGAAGGACGCGGAGAGUGUUUUGAGAAGGGAGAAACAUUUCAUUGUCGUUGCUAUGCAUGGUGGGAAGGCCAGCGAUGUGAGAGGAGGAUGCUCCACAUUCCGUUCAAGCCAUUGUCAGAACGGAUGCUUCAUGAACCUUUCUGGUUAGGUCUCAUUACAGUAACAGUUGUGCUGGGUGUAAUUGGACUGUUCUGGUGUGCAAAACGGCACUUCCCUGAGAAGCUUGAGAAACUGCUUGAAGAAGAACCAGACAGAAGCAGGACAGGUUACAGCUCACAUUCCCGCCCGCCAUCUGUCCGUGAACAGCUGGCUGCAGCAGGAGGGGCAACAGUGGUGGUUGUUCCUAGCCCUCAGCCCGGGUGCCCGCGCUCACUAUUUGGCCGCCUGGGUAUUCGCAAACCCUCACUCCUCAGCCUCACCAGCCCACACGGCCACAACAACCACCAAACCUCUGCAUCAGCUACAUCGAGAACAUUUAGUUUGGAUGAUUUGCUUAAACCACCACCAAGAAGGACUCCGUCCCCACAUAAGAAACGCAACAAUUCGACACCAACUAAGAGAAACAUUUCUGAAAAGAAGCAGAUCCUCCAGCAACUUAUAACUCCCUCAGCAAAUCAACACAAUCCACGGAAAGUGAGCUUGGGUGAGCUGAUCCAGCUCAGUGAACGGAAAAUGAAACAGGUUGAUAAGGAGAAAGAGGGAGGAGCAGACGGAGAAGAGACAGAAACAACAUUCAGCACAGCUGUGUCAGAUUCGCAGUCGGCGCCCUCUACUGCCGCCAUGUCGAGCAUCGAUACCAAAUUCGAGAAGAAGGUUACUUUUGCAAGGCUUCUCAGCAAAGUGUCUGCAGAAAUGAGUUCUGGAUCAGAGGUUGAAGGAAACCAGACUCGCCACCCGCAGCUGUCUGGUCUGCCUCGCUCAAAUAGCACUCCACCUUCCCCAGCUACUGACGGUCGGUCACCACACAGUACCAGCAGUAACCAAGGAAGUGAUUCCAUGUCAAGUCUGGAUACAACCCUUCCCCUGCUUGGAUGCGGACAGACGGUAACAGAGGUGCUAGCCAACCGCCGCCCCAACCGGUUGCUGCAGCAGACUGGGAGACCAGUCAAGAAUCCAAGUGCUGACUCAAUCUUGGCGAUGUUCCGUAACUUCUCUUCUGCCACUUCGGGUUCAGCCUUGCACAAGACAUCUUCAUCCACCACUCCAACUGCGUCCAGUCCUCAGGAUGACGCUGCGGGUUCUGAUGAGUCCUCCACGUCAUCUGUCCCCACACCAGUAUCAUCUUCCAGCUUCACAAUAGACUCCCCUCCCUUACCUCAUCCCUUCUAUCGCCAUAACAGCAACACUAUAGAAGUCCCGGUGUUGGAUGCCCUUAGUGCAAACAAGACCAUCAGUGGAAGCGGCAAUCUGCUUCAGCCUCCAACAAUCUUGUUGGAAAUACCCAGCAGUGGAAUCAAUAAAUGUCUCUCACCUAUCCGAGAACUUCCGACUCCACUUGCAACCCCUUCCCCAUCUCCUGCCCUUACACCCAUCAUGCCUCGAAGUGCUCCUCCUUAUUUGAGAAGCAGAGAUGAUCAGAUUAACAUAGUGGACUCUGUAGCUGGUGACUCAGUCCAGCUGCCCUGUAUCACAAUCACAAACAGCGAUGAUGAGGAGGAAGAAGAAGAGGAUGAAGUGGUUGCAAUAGAGGUGACAGACAAGGUUUCUAAGUGUGAGUCAUACCCAACUGCUUCUGCUGCUCCUGAUGAAAGUGAAGAAACCAAGGCAAUACACACAAUCCAGUUGCCACUUCCAUUCACAAUGAAUGUGUCCCCGCCUCUCCCAUGCAACAGUUUCAGUCCAGUGUUGGUGGUGGAUGAUGAUGAAGUCUCUGCUGGUGGGGAGAACAGUGAGGAGUGUUCUGGUGGUGAGACAGGCUGCUGUGACAGUGAACCUGUCAGGUCUCAGCCAGUGAUCCCACUUCUUACAAUCCAGCAGCCAUCACCUACACAUCACGUUCCAUCCAUAUAUCUCCCCGGCUCUCCACCGCCUCAGCGAGGGGGUCACAUGGAAACAAGCUUCCCUUUCCCAGGGAAAGGCCCACGUCGUCUGCUCAAAGAACUGGACAAACCAAACUCCUUGGAUUUACCCUGUCCCCCACCACUCAUCACCAUUACCUGCAACAUGAGUGAGGCUGAGUCGGACACAGAAUCCAUCUCUCCCGCAGCCAAGACUGGAGGAGUGCAUCUAGGUGUUCCAGGGGGCAGUAGUGUAGGCAUGUGUUACCUCAGCCCAUUUUCCAUGUGUUCACGUGCUGACCGCACAGCCUCUGAGUCCAAUCUUAGUUCGUCAGGAUAUAGUUCCAUGGCAAGCCCUGGACCAUCUCGUUGUGGCUCAAAUAACCCGCUCUGUCCAUCGGAAGUGGAAGAUCCUCCAGGUUCAGGCUGUGCUCCUGGCACCACAAUCCUUCCUGGACACAGCCUCACUCAGAGGAAGCCCUCGCCUCUACUCCGCACUCCUGAGGGCACAACCUGCUCCAGCCAGUGUGAGGUGGAAGCUGAGAAACCUCCUGAGAGCCACGGGGUGCAAGGAGGCCAUUGCAGAGGGCGCUCAGAUUCCGAAACACUGUCUGAUGACCUCUUUUUGGAGUCCAAUGAUGAAGGGAUAGGUACAGAUCACCUGGAUGAAAAGAUAGAGGAAGGAGAACUGAAAAGUGCAAAGGAAUUAGAAGUGUUUAUAGGUAAAGACCUUCUGGAGAAUGGGAAGACACUUCUUGGCUUGCCAUUACUGUCAGCUUCUCCUGUCACUAAGUUUGGCAGUGUUGACACUGGUUUGGACUGCUGUAAGCUGUUGGCCCCAUCCUCCAUACACAGCAGUAAGUCUUCCCUACAGCUCCCAGCCAUCGUAGUGCAAGGAGAUCCAGGUGGCUGUGAAAAGCACCUCAGCCCAGUGAGCUCGCGCAGUGAAAGUCCACUCAGUGAUAAGAUGGGUGGGCUUGGACGCUUUUCGCCAUUAUUUUAUGGCCGACACAAGUCAGAUCAGUUGCCUUUUACAGACUCAGAUGGGCUGUAUGACUGCCCUAGUUCAGACUGUCCCCUGAACCGAGUUCAGGGAAACACAACAGCACAUCAUCGUAAGUCAACAGGUCGAAGGCGAGAACGAAGAUCAGCAUCUCGUGCAGUUGGAGGUAAUAAAACUCCUAGCCCCACUAAAGUAACAACGUUCCUGGAUGUCCCUGGAAAGGAACAGUAUUACCGUCCCACAGCUCCACGCAAACCCAGCCCCAAGCGAUCAAGAACCCGUACUCAGCCACGUAUCAGUUCUUCAUCGUCUUCAGAGAGUGUCACCUCAACCAGGGAACUUCACAGUUCAUCAGAGAAAAUCAUCAAUCCUGACCGCAUGUCUUGGCCUAGUCCACUUACGGGGCAAACAGAUUUAGAAUGGGGAAAUGACAGUAAGGGACAACUCUCUGUCGAAGCAUCUGGAGAGGAUACAGGAGAGGAGGUAACAAGUCAAAUGCUGCCCAAGAUAAUGACACACGAUGAGCUACCAAAACCUCACAGAAAAGUGAGCAGGCUGAGAACCAUCGGCCAUCAAAUACGGUUCUUACAACGCUUGGAGUCAAGUCUGAAACGGCGUGAACGAUUAGUGAGUCCUUCUGACAGUUGCGGAGAAGAUGACGAUGAUGCAGAAGGUUCACCACAGUCACGAUCUCCUCUCCUUGGUCACCACCGUCACCGCCAAUAUGAACAGGAUAUUCAUAAGAGUGACGGCUUCAGUCAGUUGAACCAGCCUCCAUCACGAAGUGGCAGAAGCCAUCAGCGAGGGGCUGCGACAAAACAGAAGCAUGGGACUGGAGCAGAAUUACUUUUACCACCAGAAGAUAGAGCUUGGCAUCAUGUCCGCAUGACAGGAUGUAGUGGCUGUGAUGAUUAGAAUGUGUUACACAUCUAUGAUAUUAUGGGUACCAAGUGGCAGAAAUUUACACCUUCAUGAAAAUUGCUGUAUCUGACAGCUUGUGACAUCUGUUGGCAUUUUAUCUAACUACAUAGUCACAAAACACGAGGGAAUCUUUUCAUGCAUUUGAAAUUCUUAGGAAGCUUUUGUAUAAAUUUAUAGUCCCAUGAGAGAAGAGCAUCUCUGACAACCUGUAAUGGCAGUUUGGUGCUGUAGGAACUAGGGCUGGAGCUUCUAGGGCUAAGAAAAUAUGUCUUAACUGAAAUAAUGUUUGAUCAGGGAAGAAUUAAGUUCAUGAUCUCCAAAAUCGAGAAUUUUUACAUGUACAAAAUGGACCAUACUCAUACGAUGGAGUACCCAAAAGAAACCGAACUAAUUUUUUUGUGGGCAGAGCUUUUGUAGUACCGCGUUUUGCCGCUAUGAG